UCCGCUGCCCCCCGCCUGCCCUCCUCGGCCUGAAACCCGCCUGUUGCUCCGGGGACUUCUCCAGCCUUUGUGCCAGCAUCCCCCCGGCCAGCAUCCUUCUUCUGCAGCUGCAGCAGCCAGCCGGCCGAGCCCUGCCACUCAAAAACCCAGUUACAGAUCUUUGAAUGGCCUCGAGUGGCAGCAAAAAUGCUCUCCAGGUGUAUGGCUCUUUGCACCACUGCCACCCCCAGCAGCCUGGGAAGCCUCCCUGUCAGGAAGGCACGAGAAAAGAUGGGAAUGCAGAUUGCUACUGGUCCAGGCCUGAAUCUCGAACCUGGACUGUGAUGUUACUGCUGGGGACUUGCCUCCUGUACUGUGCCAGGGUGACCAUGCCCAUCUGUGCCGUGGCCAUGAGUAGUCACUUUGAAUGGGACAAGAAGCAGUCUGGCAUCGUCCUGAGUAGCUUCUUCUGGGGCUACUGCUUGACUCAGAUUGUAGGCGGGCAUCUCAGUGAUCGGAUAGGAGGAGAAAAAGUCCUCCUCCUCUCUGCCUCCGCCUGGGGUUUCAUCACUGCCGUCACCCCGCUGCUCACCUAUGUCAGUUCGGCCCACCUGAUUUUUAUGACUGCCUCCAGAUUCCUCAUGGGACUUCUGCAAGGGGUUUACUUCCCUGCCCUAGCCAGCCUCUUCUCCCAGAAGGUCCGAGAGAGCGAGCGAGCUUUCACGUGCAGCACGGUGGGGACCGGCUCCCAGUUUGGGACGCUGGUGAUUGGUGGGGCAGGGUCCCUCCUUCUGGACUGGUACGGCUGGGAGAGCGUCUUCUAUUUCUCCGGGUUCCUCACUUUGCUCUGGGUUUACUGCAUGUGCAAAUACCUCCUGAAUGAGAAAGAACUCAUCAUCCCUUUUGAGUAUUUAGCAAAGGGCCUCUCAUUAUCCAAACGCACCAAAGUCCCAUGGAAGAGGCUGUUUAAAAAGGCCCCUAUAUGGGCUGUCAUCGUAGCUCAGCUUUCUACCGGCAGCACGUUUUUCACCCUUCUCUCCUGGUUGCCAACCUUCUUUAAGGAAACUUUCCCUGAGUCCAAGGGCUGGGUGUUUAACGUGGUUCCCUGGCUGGUUGCAAUCCCGACAAGUCUGUUCAGCGGGUUCCUCUCUGACCACCUAAUCAGUCAGGGGUACAGAACGAUUACUGUUCGGAAGUUCAUGCAGGUCAUCGGCUCAGGAGUAUCGAGCCUUUUUGCCUUAUGCCUGGGUCAGACCUCCAGUUUUUGCAAAGCGAUAGUAUUUGCAUCUGCCUCGGUCGGACUUCAGACCUUUAACCACAGCGGCAUUUCCGUCAACGUGCAGGAUUUGGCGCCAUCCUGCGCUGGCCUGUUGUUUGGUGUUGGAAAUACUGGUGGAGCCCUGCUAGGUGUGGUUUGUGUGUACUUAGCCGGACAUCUCAUUGAAACAACUGGCUCUUGGAUUUCUGUUUUCAAUCUCGUGGCUAUGGUUAACAUCAUUGGACUCUGUACAUUCCUGAUUUUUGGAGAGGCCCAACGGGUGGACACUGUCUCUGCAUACAUAGAUCUGUAGUCCCAGUCUAGAGGAGCUUAGCAAAUGAAGGCCAUCAAGGAGGUUUCAGAGUGUUGUGUCUAUUUAUCGCAGCUGUGGAAGUGAUCCUUUGCCAAAGAGAUGAUUGUUUCUUUAUACAAUUUAAACAGGAAAAACAAACCAAAACAGAGAGGUAAUAUUA